GCUCACACAAUUUUGUUAUCGUUUUUCUCAGCGACGCCACAACAAGUUUUACUGUGACAUAUUGUACCUAAAGUAGAUCCGAGUUUACAAAGGGAAAUGGUUUUUCGUAGGCACUCGACGUUUAAGCAGUAGAGGCACUAGAUGAUUAGAAGUAGAGUUCUUGUUAUAUCAGGACUGGCAAUCUCCUCUUCUUGUUCUUGCUCACUGUACCGAUAAAGUAGUUUUGACGUAGUAAGUAGAUGGGCAACGCGCAAGGCGGCCCGGGCGGUGGCCCGCCCGGUGAUGGAAAAGACGGGAAGAAGGGCGAAGGCAGUAACCAACACGGAACCGUGAAAGUAGACCGGGCUUCUGAACAUGCGGUUUUCGUCGUCUUUGCUACCGCUCCUUGCAUAUUUCUUAGCUGAUACGAGGGUGUUCUUUGUUGCUUUGCAUCAACACGUGGUCCGCCGCGUGUAAAUAAAACAAAAAGUAGUGGCAACACAGCAAGGACAAAUGCAAUUUGAGUACGUAUCAAUUGAGAUGGUUAUUUCCAUACAAAAUGAUUAAAACUAUAUCGCAACAAACACGUCGGAAGAAAACGACGAAAACUACGAGACAAACGAUGCAGCCCAGCUAGAGGCAUGCUUGGUCUUCUUAGUUUUUCACUUCCAUACCGCAGAAGGAAAAGAAGCGAUACGAACCACCGCAGCCAUUCGGGCGGAAGGGCAAGAAAAAGCACAAGGGCGUAUCCUGCGUAAACAUGUUGAUUUCCUUGUCUCUCUGUCCCCACCACACGACCAGAGUAAUCGUCUGAAUGCAACUAUCCUGCUCUAGAUCUAAUACGACUAUGAGGAGAUAAUUGAAGCUCACCCUAAUAUGGUGAGUUACGGUGAUCUCAAGUGUCACAGUAGAUGAAGUGCAAACUCCCGAGAUAGAUUGGAAUUGCUGCACUGCACUGGUAGAGGGCACUGCGAGUUUUUUUUUUGUGUUUGUGUGGUUGGGACGCAGAACUGGAAGUGGUUACUCAGUAUAGGCCAGUUCGGGCACCGAAACGCUCUCAAAAGUCCCACAAAUUUUUCCCAACGCGAAAUGCAGGCUGAGGCUACUGAAACAGGUACGAAUUCAUGUUGACAAGUGCGGAUAUACUUAAACUUACUUAAAAGUUAUCCAUCCCUAGUGUUGGCUGAUUUGAUUUUGAAUUUUAGUUUCUGUAUGUGCUGAUCUUCAUCUGAUGAAUGGAUAAGAUUUCUACGGACUUUUGUCCGUGUUUGGACGCAGAGCAACAAAAACAAAAAUAGGAACGGCUGAAGGACUACCUCAUGAUGGAGGAGGAAUAUAAGAGAGUGCGCAAACAUACUUUCGCUCCUUCUUCUUUUGCAGGGCACGAACAGCUGCAGAAAUAACAGCAGAAGUGUAUCUUUUUUUUGGCAAUAAAUUCACGUGUGGACGGUAGUGCUGUGUGGAUUUUUGCCUGAGCUUCCAAUAAGCGGCGCUAGGAGCACGAGCCAUCAACUACAUGUGAGUAAGUGCAAGUGAACUUUUGCAUCAGAAACGAGGGGGAAAGGGGAAGUUGUGCGCUUUCAUACAAGACGUGUCAAAUCAAGAAGUUACCCAGUGGAAAACUGUUGGCCCCGCUUUUCGCUGUGGAUUGGCUCUUCUGUGUCAAUAAGGCUUCGGACUGAGUCUUACAAGCAGCAGCGUACUGGGCUCAUUGAAAAAACAUUUGCCUGAUGGUUGUUCUGCAAAAUCGUACUCUGUAGCAAAUAAGAGGUUGAAAACAGUACCUUUGAUAAACAGAACGGUACGCGCUGAGGCCUAGAAAUAUUCGUAGUAGCAUCGUGAUUUGGGUCAGACCUUGCGUAUAUACCCGGGCGUAGUACCCUCGUGGAACGCCUUUUUUUACGCUGCUCAAACAUAGCGAAUUUAUUGGCCUACGCGCGCCAUACCAUGCGGGUGCGCAGUUUGGGCGAGACGGGUUUCCUUGCUCUCUCUCUUUGAUGUUCUUCUCCUUUUUCCAGGAUCCCGGAAUUUUCGCCGUCCGAGAUUUCCCGGGAACCUGUGCAACUCGUGCAACUUUUGCACGUUUUUGCUGCGAAUCACGAUGGUGCGGCCGAGUUGCACGGCGAGUUGCACGGUGCAACUCGCCGUGCAACUUUCCCAACAUUCCGCGCCGAACCAGGACGGCGCGGGCCUUCCGAGAUGUCCCGGAAACCUGUGCAACUCGUGCAACUUUUUCACGUUUUGCCUUGCGAAUCACGAUGGUACGCCCCGAGUUGCGCGGCAAGUUGCACGGUGCAACUCGCCGUGUAACUAUCCCAGCACUUUGCGCCGAACCAGGGCGGUAUGGGCCUUCCGAGAUGUCCCGGAAACGUGUGCAGCCCGUGCAACUUUUGCACGUUUUGCCCUGCGAAUCGCAAUGGUAUGGCCCGAGUUGCUAUCAAAUGUAAAAAUGUCUGGGUCUUGAAGAUUGCAACUUGUCAUGCUAAAUCUGCAGCAUGCAAAAAUCUGUGUUUCAUGAUUACCAAAAGUCGUCUAGUUUUGACCAAGUCUGGAGGUAGUUUCUCAUGCAGGAUAGGCAUUAGAAAGGUCUCGCAGAAUCUGUCAUGCUAGGUCCUGCAUUCCAGACCUCAUGAUUCAUGGAAAAGCAGCCUGACAAAUCGCGCAUUCUUCCAGACCCAGACACUUUUGCAUUUGAUAGUUGCACGGCAAGUCGUGCGGCAGGUCGCGCGCUGGCGCAUGUGGGCAGUAUUUCCGGCGCGCCCACGCUGCUGCGCGUGGGCGCAUGUGCGGGCGGUGUCCAUUUUGGCGCGCGGCGGCGCAUGUUGCCGACUUGUCGCGCCGACGCUGGUCAAGUGCUUGGCAGUAUCUUCCCCCCCGCCUUCGCUGGUUGUUUUGUGGUUGGGCUGGUUUGGUUGUGUGGUUGUCAAUACGCCAGAACGACAACUAUACGCCAGAACGACAACGCGCGGCCCCGCGGCUUGUCGUUCUGGCGUAUUGACAACCAACAACGGCCAGGCGUAUUCCACGAAAACAAAAGUCAAGCGGUCUUCCUAACCAACGCGCACACUAAUCACAGCCCAUUACGGCUGUUGCCCCUAAUUCUUGCAGAGGCCCCCCGCUCGCGCAGGCCGCCCCUGCCGAUCACCUCGGCACGCGCGGGCAGCACUUCCACGUCGGCGGCCGCACACAGCGCGUCAGCGUGCCCAACUCUGUGCCCGCCGUCCCACGUCACCGUCGCCCUGUGUUCAGGCGUUAUUCGCGGGCCUUUGUGUACGUCUGCCCUGCUCCAGCCGCGUACUUGUGGUUGGCCCCGCGCAGAGGCCUCCUAGGCGGGGCUACUGGUUCACUUCGGCCGCGUAUUUGCGGUUGGCCCCGCGAAGAGGCCUAGGCGGCGCUAUUGGUUCACUUCAGCCGCAGGCACGGGCCCCAUGAAUGUGUUGCCGCUUGGGACGGCAGGACACCAGGGCGAGCUCGUUGCCUGCGGCAGCGGGGCCGACUGCGCGGCGGGCCCCCGCUGCGUUUCCCCUGUUGCGGGCGCGGAGCGAUGUACACGACAGGAGGCCUUGCAUGCGAGUGGGAAACGAAGGCGGCGGACCCCGACCAACACGGAGGCCCCCCGCGGGCAGGUGAAAAAGUUGGGGGGGCCCCCAUCGGCACCGCUGGUAGAGGCCGGGGGCCCUCUGCGCGCGGGAGAGAAAGGCGGGGGGCCCCCUUGGGUACCAAAGGUGGAGGCCGGGGGCCCCCUGCGGGCGGGAGGGGCUUACCGCGGAGAAGGGCGGGGGCCCCCUCCGCCCUCCAGCGGGCGGCCCGGGAGAAGGGCGGGGGCCCCCUGCGGAGGCGGAACGGCGGGGGCCCCCUGCGGAGGCGGGAUGCCCAGCGGGCGAGAGGGCGGGAGGCGGGGGCCCCCUGUUUCACCAGGCGGGCGGCCCGGGAGAAGGGCGGGGGUGCCCUGCGGGGGCGGGAUGCGCAGCGGGCGAGAAGGCGGGAGGUGGGGGCCCCCUGUUUUCCCCGAUGGUAUGCUCGACACAAAAAUGGGACCCCUCAUCGUAGCAUCGUGAUUACAAAUCUAGGCCUCAGCACGUGCCGGCCUCUUGAUAAAAUAUAGAUAAUGAUUUGUAAAGUGAUUUCGCAGCGACCCUCUAAAAGCCCGAUGCAGAAGCGAGCGCUCCUGGGGAAAAACAGUUUUCUCAUCGUUAGGCUAGUAAAAUCUUGAGUCAAGAGAGUCCAUGUGAAGAAUAAAGACGGCUCGACUUGAAGGAUCCGCACAGCAGCACUGAUGCGUGUUUGCACAUUAUAAUUUUUAAGCCUUGGUCGUUUUUUGAGCCUCUGGAUUAUCGGGGUGGGCCAGCUAUGAUAGUACACUCAGCAUGCAAUACACGAAAUCGGACUCGAUCUUGACUCAGGAUUUUGCCGUGAUAUCGCAUGCAGUCCCUGAAGCCGAAGGAGGACAGCACAGAAAACGAGGAGCGGACGAAGCUCGACGAAAUACGAGGGACACCGAUGGACGUGGGAACCCUCGAAGAAUUCAUAGACGAAAAUCACGUUAUCGUCUCCACCGCCGUGGGCCCGGAAUAUUACGUCAAUUUGCUCAGCUUCGUUGACCGAAAUCAACUCGAACCGGGGAGCACGAUUCUCAUGCAUCACAGGGUAAGUGAUAGUGAAACUGAAAGUGAGUGUAUUUUUUUGCUGUGGUCCGCAGCAAGGAGUGAACAUUUAGAUUUACGUUUAUACCAUCAGCAUAUGACAUGACUAUUGAAUGAAAUCAACCGUGUACUAUCAGGCAAUGAGCGUGAUUGGGAUAUUAGGAGACGAUGUGGACCUAUCACAAGGAAAAACCAUACGAUCGCAGCUCCAAUCGUCGCUUCGCAAGAAUUAUUUGUGCAUGUAUUAUUUGUGCAUGUACAAAAUCAAGUGUUCAACUACAUACUGCUUCUGGUAUCAAAUGCCAGGAUUGCAAGCUGGUUUGCUCUUUUUUUGAGAAAGUGAAGGAAAACUGUCUUAUCUCGACGAAUUUUGUCAUGGAGCAAACAAAAGAUGCGACAUGGGGCAACAACAGGGUUUUUCCAUCCUAUAGGCUCCGCUCGUGAACGUGAUGAAGGUUGACAAGGUAUCGUAAUGAAAAUUGUAGUCUUCCUGUGCCGCUGCAUGAAAUACGAAGUUUGUCAUGCGACGAAGCAGAAUGUCAAUAUUCCUACUUCGGAUUCUUUCAUCUAGCCUUGUGUUAGGCCGUCGAAUGAUGAUCUAUCGCGAGACUAAGUACUUGAAAGAGUUAUCGACCUGGUAGUGCUAUGAUAGAUAGCACUACGCGGAUAAGUUCUUCAGCUUCGUAGAUAUCUGCCGAACAAGCGGUAGAUGAGAAUGUUCGUUGCGAUACUCUGCCCCACUGGAGUCGUAUGCGGACAUAGGAGGGCUGGAAGAUCAAAUCCAGGAAAUCAAAGAGGCCGUGGAGCUCCCCUUGACCCACCCGGAGUUGUACGAGGACGUGGGAAUCAAGCCCCCCAAGGGGGUCAUUCUCUGGGGACCGCCCGGUACGGGGAAGACGCUGCUCGCGAAAGCCGUGGCCAACGAGACCAGCGCCACCUUUCUGCGGAUCGUCUAUCCGGCGUGAAACUUGCUGUGGCCAUAGGAAGAAGCUGCGUGCAUAGGGUCGUGGGAAAAUGGAAGAAAAUUUUAUUAUGUGCGGGUGUUUUAUUCAUUCUGGAACGUCGACGAUUAGUUGAUAAGAAAAACUAAGAAGAGAUUAUUGCAUGGUCAGGUUCUCUCAUGGCGUAGUGAUGACAAGUUUUCAUUUUUUUUUUCUCUUAACUGAAGUAGCUGGCCUAGCGCCGUAGUUUGCUCUUUUAGAAAAUAAAAGGAGCAACCAAUUACAGCUUUGCUUUUUCCAGACCUGCACCUUGCAUCAGAAGUCGUUUCUCUCACCACGCGAACUGCAUAGUAGGGGGCGCCACACAGCAAGUUUUCCUAGCACAUUCCCGGCUCCGAGCUGAUUCAGAAGUACCUCGGCGACGGCCCCAAGCUGGUGCGCGAAAUGUUCCGCGUCGCACAAGUAUGGAGAGAAAAAAUGAGCUUUGAGGAACUCGUUCUCUACUGGUAACACAGAGAGUGCAUCUGCAUGCGAUACUAGUACAACUCAUCGUUUGAUGCAUCUACGACCUCCUGCUCCGCUACGAAUAUUUGCAUCAAGUAUCAGUAAGUAUUUCGGAAUAGAUUAUUGUGCAGCAGUAAAUGACUGCUGCUGCUGGGACACCGACGGUGAUGAAACGAAACUGUUCGUCAGGUGUAGCGACGUAAAAGAACAAACCGGGGAACUGAAUGCAUUUUGUGCUUACAAAAAGAAAAACGAUUAUGCUGCAUAGAGGCGGAACUUGAACUUCACGAAUCGAAAAAAUCCUCAAAGUGAAUCUUUUUCCCAUCCAUACUGCGAGCACUCUCCAAGUAUCAUCUUCAUGGACGAGAUCGACGCCGUGGCGACCAAAAGGUACAGCUCUUCUUGGUAUUUUCUGUCAUGAGCGCCGUCGCUAAUUUUGACGAGGUAGAUGAUCUUCAUGUAGCCGAUAGCGAUUUCCUUACAAACAUAUAAUAUCAUUCGAAUGCUGGUAGAAAUUGAGAUGUGAAAUUGCAGGUAUGACACAACCUCCGGUGGGGAGAAGGAAAUCCAGCGAACACUCCUGGAACUGUUGAACCAGCUGGACGGCUUCGACGACCGGGGAGAAGUGAAGGUAGUUUUCCUCACACAUAGCAUUCAAUUCUCCGCAUAAAUAGCAUAGCGCUGUGCUCGAAAUUCGUCAUUUUUGGGUUCUUGCUGUUAUUGGUCGCAGGCGAACAUAGAAGUAUGACAACCACAAAUGUCAUUCUCAGCGAGAUAGCAGCAGAAUAAAAUGAAAAAUUCCAUCUGCAGGUGAUUAUGGCGACUAACCGUAUCGACACUCUGGACCCGGCGCUGAUCCGCCCCGGGCGGAUUGAUCGCAAAAUCGAGUUUCCAGCGCCAGACGAGAAGACCAAACGGCGAAUACGGUGCGGAAAUCUGCUAGCACAGCAUAAAAUUUGUCUUUCAUGUGAAGUUCUUCCGCAUUAGUAUGCAUCGCGCCUUUAGGACAAGAAUCAAGAGAUACAUCUUUCUGACGCUCGCAGCAUGCCCACUCUGCGCCUUCUUGCAUUCAUGCAUGCAUAAAGGAAAAGAGAGAACACCCCUCGAUAGCGCGAGACAUCAAAACAUGUUGGUCUAGCAGUUUUCCGAAGGAUCUUGAAUUUUCCAUAUUCACACUUCCAAGAUGACCCUGCACGACGACGUAAACAUAGAAGAGUUUGUGCUGGCCAAGGACGUAUGAAUUGCAAAAAUGUCGGGAGCGGGGAGAUAACGAAGAUGAUAGAUACAUCGAUGUCAUGGUUGUGUAAGAGUCUUUAACACUUGCGGCGCGCAUAAGCAAGACAUACAUAGGACUCACGUAGGGGAGCCGUUAUGCGUCUCUCGCGUUCUUUUGCCGUGCAAAAUAAAUCGAAAUCAUGAUGAUCACAUACUGUUGCAAUCUUCUCUGGCUAAUCUUGUCGGGGCUUCCACUUUUGUGGAGUUUGCAAAAGUGAUGUUGGUCAGGUUUUCCUUCGUGAAACAUUGUAUCUGCACGAGCACACAGUCGUCUUCUCGCCCCGGACAUGUUUGCACGGGACAACUCGACCUCUCUGGAGCUGACAUCAAGGCGAUCUGCAUGGAAGCGGGUAUGCUAGCGCUGCGGGAGCGACGGAUGAAAAUCACGCAGGCCGAUCUCCGGAAGGCCAAGGAAAAGGCUCUGUACAAGAAAAAGGGGAACGUUCCAGACGGCAUGUAUCUGUAGAAUACAAAACACAACUACAGUUACAUACAACAUAAAGGUCUACUUGCUUGCAGUUCGCUGAAUAGAAGCUGCUAUUCGCACUGAUUACGAGGUCAGCACCAGCGCGGAUGCGGGCGGAACGAAUUUUUUAAACAAGCGCCAUGAAUCGUCGCCGUUGCAAGGACUUACGGUUGUACUUGUCUUCAUCAAGACGACGCGAACGACGAAUGUGAUGUAGAUCCUACGUACGGCAUGCGACUUUUUCAACGAAGAUAGCAGUCACCUAAUGUCCGCGUCUUCCUGUUGGCGAUCAGUUGUUGUGGCCAUGGAGGCACAGGCUGGCACGAAUGUGGACUUUCACUAGUUUACGAAAGUGAAGAUGCAUCAUCCCGUGCUCGUCACGGGAAAGAUGAUUCAUUCCGCGACACCUGGUUGAAUUGUUAGCCAACUACACGACGAAGUAACGAAAUCAGCAGAAAAGAU